GCGAAUCGCCAUAUUGUUCUUGAGCAAAACUAAGAAAUCACUACUGUAUCUUUCUCUCUAAACAAAUCUUACUCUUGGAUUUCACCAUGAAUAAUUCUUCCCCCAUUUUACAUUAAAACCCUCCUUUGAUAUAAAGGUGUUGCUCCAGCUCAUCAUCUUCUCCUUCUGCUAAAGCCUGCUGUUUUCAUUCCUACUCCAUCUUCUUUCUAUUUAUACUUUGCCAUCCAUUUCUCUUCUAAUCAUCUUCUUCAACGUCUUCUUUCUCAACCCAUUUUGCCAAAAUUUCCCUUUUUUUUUCAUCCUCUGCUUCCGUUUUCGCUUUCUUAACCCUCUUAGGUCUUCAACUAUUGGCAUAAAGCUCAUAAUUUUAUGUACUUUUCGGCCGUGUUUAUCUUCAAGAUGACUUCUGGGACUAUAAUUUAAACUGGGUUCGCUCCUGUUUUGAUCCUCGUUGAGUUAUCCAAACUGUGUUUGUUGUUGUUUCUCAACUUACGGUUUGUCAGCAUUUUCUUCGGAGCAAAAUGGGCUGUGAUAGAUAUGUCAAUGGUGAAGCAGUUACUAACCCAUUUUCCAUAAGACAGUUUGUUGGGGCUACUAGGAGGAAAGAUGUCUUUCUUUGUUGGCCAUUUCAGCAGAAGCACUUGCAUAUCUGUCUAAAGUAUGGUAUUAACAACGUGUUGCCACCCUUUGAACCAUGUAAUCCAGCUAUUCGAACAACAAAAGAAACUGUAGGUUUGAUGUGUUCUCAACAGAAUAAAGAGAAUGUUUCCUUUGAAAAUAAAGUGAGAGAUAUUGUUGUGCAGGAGAAAUUGAUCAAAGAUGAGUGUAAUUCUUUCUAUGAUGAGGUGUUAUUGAAGGCCCCCUGCCAUGACUUACUUAAAUCUCAUCUGGAUGAUAGUAGUAAGCAUAAAGAUGAAAGCAACUUAAGUUCUGAUUACACUUCCAAUGUCAUAGCUCCACUAAAACGACAAUCAAGUUCCAUAGAAGGUUCUGACCUCAAUGUUUAUCCAAGAACCAAUACACUUUCUUCCAAGAGGUUGAGACAUAAGCAAAGAAAAUAUAAGGGGAGACAAAAGAAACGAUCAAUGUUGGAUAUUUUAGCGAAAGCAAAGCCUUGUACUUUGGAGGAUCUCUAUAAAUUAGAUGCAGCUCAAUAAACCUUGCUAAUGAUAGGGAUGAAAGAAGCAGACUGAUGGCACAUGUUGAGGAUGAUGAUGAAGCCAAUAGUGACAAUUUUCUAGCAAAGAGAUUAGGGUACUAAAGAUUAAGUUGGUGGAUGCACAUCCAAGUCAUGAACAUUAAUUAAAGUGAUUACAAAAUUCAAGGCGCCAGGCAGCAGGCAAUCUGAGUCGAAUUUGAGGUUAGCUGAUGACCCUUCUAGCUUCUCUCAGAACAAAGUCAUAUCUUGUCUCCUGGUAUCAGAAUGCAAGGAUGGGCAGCUUCAAGCUAUUUGAAGUACUUCAAAAGAAAUGUUGAGUGGUGUAAGCUCAUAAGAACUGCAGCAGAUG